CGACGACGACUACGACGACGGCGGCGGCGACGACGGCGACAGCGACAGCGCGCGCAGUCAGUGACGUUACGGGGAUCCCUUCUGGUGCACACACGGUCCGCGGUCCGCUCAUUCGCUCCGUCUCGUCCAAAUAUAAUAAUAAUAAUAAUAAUACACAACGCACCGCGCGCUCCGCUGCACGGCCAGUCGCUCAAGCUAUAUAAUAUUAUUAUUAUUUUCGUCACUCACUCGAGCACACGCGCGCCGCCGCACCACACGUUGUCACGCUAACAUGUCGUCCGGGUGCUAGUCAUCAUCGCUGUCUGCUCGUUUGUUUGUUUGUUUGAUUUGUUUUUAUUUUAAGAAAAUACAUUUUUCUGUUUUAAUUUUUAUUUGAAAAGUUUUAUCUCGUUACGCGAUUUUUUUUCAUCCCCGAUCAAUUUUUGCUCGUUUCGUUCGUCCCGAUAAUCAUUAUUAAUACGUACUGACGAACGUCUUAUCAUAUCACAAUUAUAUUAUUUCUUACUCGUGUCACAUAAUAAUUAUUGUUGUUAAUACUUCGCGUCGGCUCCUUAUAAUACGACCUACGUACAAUAACUACAGUCGUCGUUCGUCAUGUUGAUGUCUGGUGCAAUGACCAAUCCGGACACUAGCCUGUUGGGUACGGCCGAGGGUCUGGUCGGUAGCCUGGCCAGCCUAACUGCGGUGCCCGGCACCGGCGGCGGUGGCGGCCAGCAAAAGGACACCACGUGGACCAAGUUGUUCGUCGGCGGACUGCCGUACCACACCACCGACAAGUCGCUGAGGGACCACUUCGCUGUGUACGGCGACAUCGAAGAGGCAGUCGUCAUCACGGACAGGCAGUCCGGAAAGAGCAGGGGCUACGGAUUUGUGAUUAUGGGAGACAGACCCGCGGCUGAGAGGGCGUGCAAAGAACCGAACCCAAUCAUCGACGGACGGAAGGCCAACGUGAACUUGGCCAUAUUGGGAGCAAAACCUCGAGGAAAUUUACAGCCAGCGUUUGCUUUUCCAAGUAUUAGAGCUGGAUACUCUGCUGUGAUACCUAGCCAAUUUGGGGUGCAGCCGAGCUACCUGUACCAAGCUGGUCAAGCGGCCAGCGCGGCGUACUUAGGUGGCGGUGGCGUCAUGCCACUGGCCCCAACGCACGCCGCGGCGAUGGCCGCGGCCACAUCGCAGUUUUACGAGUACCAAAACGCCGCCGCGGCCGCAGCAGCCGCAGCGGCCCUGUCGUCCUAUCCGUCGCAGUACGCCGCCGCGGCCGCGGCCGCUGCAUCGUUCGACCCGUACACAUCAGCAGCCGCAGGGGUCGCCAACUACGCGACGCCGUAUUCCUACGCCGCACUGCCCAGCAGUACUGCCGGUCUGCCGACAGCGGCCAGUUCGGCCAGCGCGUUCACCGGCCUGUCUCCGUACACCGCAGCUGCUGCCCAACAAGCGGCGUCGCUGCAAGAAGCACGGUUACAGUAGCAUUGUCAAUUCAAAGCAGCCCGUGCCCUCCGUCCUAGAUUACGAAUUUUUCAGAGUCAGGGACACCGGUAGUGUGUCGUCGUCGUCGUCGUCGUCAUUCUCGUCGACAGGCGAAACAAAAACAACAACAACAACAACAACAAAAACUUA